AGCAGCUGGCAGCUGUGAGGCCUCUAAGGACUUCCGUCUGCUCAGAAGUGUUAACGAUGCUGCUAGACGAGCGGAUCUGGUUGCUGUUUAAGCGCCACUGGCCACAGACUCUCACCUACUGGAGCGUGUUCUUCAGUUUCGGCCUGUGCAUCGCCUUCCUGGGACCCACUAUCCUGGACCUGAGGUGUCAGACCCAGUCGACCCUGCAGCAGAUCACCUGGGUGUUUGUCUCUCAGCAGUUCUUUCUGCUGGUGGGCAGCAGCGUGGGAGGACUGUUUAAGAAAACCCUUAAGUCCUCGCUCUUAGCCCUCUUCUUCUGCACCCUCAUCAUCUCGCUGGUGUUUGCCGUCAUACCACUAUGUCACCACGUGAUACUGCUGUCCAUCGCCAUGGCGCUGGCUGGCAAAGCCAUGGGCGUGAUCGACACCAUCGCCAACCUGCAGCUAGUGAAGCUGUACCAGAAGGACUCUGCCAUCUUCCUGCAGGCCUUGCAUUUCUUCACAGGCCUUGGGGCACUGGUCAGUCCGCUGGUGGCCGAUCCCUUCCUGGCUGAGGACAGCUGUGUGCUGGGAGCUAACUUGACCACCAACUCAUCCUCUCCCAGGGACCUACAGCACCUCCGCAGCACCCUCGCUGGCCAUGGAGCAGCACUGCACAACAUCUCUCACUUUCGUCUGUAUACUGAGGGGGUUGUCGUCACCAGGGUGUCGUAUGCUUUCUGGAUCAUGGCUCUUAUCAAUCUCCCUGUCCCAGCGGCAGUGCUCGCAUUGAUGUCCCAUGAGCGAUUGCUGCCUUGCUCCAGAAGCAGUCCACGUCUGCUUGAUGCAGACUCCAACAGGAGCCCCGCGGGGGACACGGACCAAGGUAGUGCACACGUGUUUGUGUGUCUGUGUGACAACUUUACUGAGAUGAAAGUGCAGAGUGUGAGUGUGACUGUCUCCCCAGGACAUGGGAGUGUUUUUAGCUGCUGUAACCCUGCCAAACUCCGGGAUCGCCCUGCUACUUUCUUCAUCAUCCACGCUCUAGGAGGAGCUAUCCUCUUUAUCACAGAUGGGAUUAUAGGCUCUUAUGCUGGCUUCGUCUACACCUACGCCGUCUCCCCUCCUCUGCUGAUGGGCCAUAAGAUGGCAGGCUGUCUGGACAGCAUAUUCUGGGCCGCGAUCACUGUGGGAAGACUGGCUUCAAUGUACUUGUCCUACAGAUACACGGCACCCAAGCUGCUCACCGUCAGUCUGGUGGGAGUCAUACUGGUUCAGUGCCUGCUGUUAAUCUUCUACACCAGCUCUGUGUUUCUGUUCUUUGGCACCUGUGUGUUGGGACUGUGCAUCAGCAGUGUGUUUCCCUCCGUGUUAGCCUUCACAGAGGACAUAUUAGAAUACAGAGGCUGUGCCACAACAGUGCUGGUAACGAGUGCCAGCACGGGGGAGAUGCUGCUUCAGCUGCUUGUUGGAUCGGUGAUCCACAGUCAGGGCAGCUACUCCUUCCUGCUGUGCGGUACAGUAGCAUCCUUUAUCGGCUUCUGCCUGUUUCUGCUGCUCCUCUAUAUCCAGAAUAUACACAGAAGCCAGCACACAGAUUUGUCUCAAUGCACAGACAUGAAAGAGAAGCCGAAGACCGGAGACUCAUGACGCACUGGAACCCGAGAGAGCAGAGGACACAGCAAAGGGAGAAAUACUUCAGGAGAAGCUGACACUCCUUCACGUUCCCCCAGGGUGGAGGGUUCACAAUCACACUCCUACGUCAUGGAAAUCACAUGCUGAAUAAUUAUUUGCACCCUACUUUCACAGCCUGAUGAUCAACAAACAGCUCAAUGGAUGACUAGAGUGUACACCUCUUCAUCUCUUUGAGCACAUUAAACUGUGCAUUGAUUAAAUACGACCUCUUCAGUAUGAAUGUAAAUGGACUUUUAUAAUAGCACUCAUUCGGUGGUGGAAAAUAAAGACACACGGUGUAACAUGCAGUCGGUUAGAGAUCUUUUAUUAUUGGUUUCUCCUACUGUAAUUCUUCUUAUAUGAACUCUUCCUCACACAUCAAUACGCAAUACAAUCAAUCCUGUGUGUGCAUAUAAAGUGAGUCACUAAUGGUCAUUUUAAAAAGUGGCUUUGGAUGGGGCCAGACUGCAGGCCUUUCUCUGAAGUGUUUCACUUUUGAACUGGUAGAUAUUACGAGUAAAGAGUUUCAAUUCACUUUCAUUUAUAUAGAACCAAAUCACAACAACAGUCAC